AUGCCGGCAGCGGACCCGCUAGCCGUUUUGCCGGCCAGCAUCGACGCAGACGGCGAGUCGGACGCUCCGCUGUCGGCGGCGUCGCGGCAGCUGCUGCUCGACACGCUCUCGCGCCUCCAAGCGGACGACUCCGCGCAGCCUUCCGCUGCCGCCGCCGAGGGGGAUGACGUGGAGGACGAUGAUUGGGCGGAGGAGGAUGGCGAGGUGGAAGAAGAGGUGCUGGACGCGCUCGAUUGGCUGGACCUGAGAGAAGAUCUCGCUUCGCGAGGCAACACUGGCGGCGGUGCGUUCGGCGGCGGUUUCUCUGCGGCGCGGCGGCCGAACGCCUUCGGGGGGCAGCUGAACCAGGCGCACGCAAACGCCCGCGCGGCGGCGUUUGGGGGCGCGGGGAAGGGCAGCGGAGGGGGAGCGGGAGUGGGGGGCGCAGCGGGGGCGAUGCAGCCGCGGGUGAACAAGCAGCAGCGGCUGACUGCGCGAGUCAACGCCGCGCCCAUGCGGGAUUGGGGCGACAGCUGUCAGCCGAACAUGGCGAAUGUGGUGAUGACAGCUGUGCGCGACACGAACAAGCGGCAGGAGCAGGGCCAGUCGCGGUUGAAGGAGAAGGCAGACCGCGCCACAGUGGAGCAGGUGCUGGAUCCGCGCACGCGCAUGGUGCUGUUCAAGAUGCUCAACCGCGGCGUGUUCUCCCAGAUCAACGGCUGCCUCUCCACCGGCAAGGAGGCGAACGUGUACCAUGCCACGGUGGACCGCCCCUCUGCGCUGCACAUGCCUGCUGCUCUGGGGAUUGGGGGGGGUAGGGAGGGGGCGGGCGUGCAGGAGGGGGGGGAGGUGCAGGCGGUGAAGGAACUGGCAGUGAAGGUGUACAAGACGUCCAUCCUGGUGUUCAAGGACCGCGAGCGGUACGUGGCGGGCGACUACCGGUUCCGGCACGGGUACAGCAAGCACAACCCGCGCAAGAUGGUCAAGGUGUGGGCGGAGAAGGAGUUCCGCAACCUCAACCGGUUGCGGGCGGCAGGAGUGACGUGUCCAGUGCCCCUCAUGCUGCGCAUGCAUGUGCUCGUCAUGUCCUUCAUUGGCACGGAGGGGUGGGGAGCGCCGAGGCUGAAGGACGUGCAGCUGUCGGAGGGGCGGUGGAGGGAGUGCUACGGGCAGGUGGUGGAGGCCAUGUGGCGCAUGUACCGCCUCUGCCGCCUCGUGCAUGGCGACCUCAGUGAAUACAACCUGCUCUACCUCCAGGGCCAGGUGUGGGUGAUAGACGUGUCGCAGUCGGUGGAUCUGGACCAUCCCAGGGCGCUCGACUUCCUCCGAGAGGACUGUGUGCACGUCACUGAUUUCUUUCGGCGAAAGGGCAUGGCGGUGCUGACGGUGCGAGAGCUGUUUGACUUUGUCACGGACCCCGUCAUGCCCGAGAACCUUGUGGAUGAGUGCCUGCACAAGUUGCAAGAGAGGGCAGCCAGCAGGCCGUUGGAGCCAACAGCACAGGAGGCCAUCGCUGAAGCCGUCUUCCUGCAGGUUAGACUUGCCUUUCAAAUCUCAUUCCGCCUGCUCGUCCUUCUCCUGCCUCUGCAUGCAUCACUCAUCCAGUCACCUCCUCAAGUCCCUCCGCACACACUCUUUGCUCUCCACCUCUUCCCCCUUUCCCUCGUACAGUCGUUCAUACCGCAGUCACUGGAUCAGGUGAAGGACGCGGAGAAGGACAUCCGCCGCAUCGCCUCCGCCACCAAAGCAGCAGCGCAGCACCUCGCAGCCGCACAGCCCGGGGGGGGUGCGCCCAGCAGCACGCAGCAGGGGGCGGCACAGGGUGAAGGAGGAGAGCAGGGCGCAGCAGUGGGUGCAGCGGCAGACGCAGCACCUGGCAGCAGCGGCAGUGCAGCAGCAGCGCCAUCAUCGGUGGCGCCCCCUCUGGAGGGCAUCUUCUACCGCUCGCUGCUGGGGCUCAAGGAGGACCUUUCCGGCGUGCGCACCCUGCCCGACAUCCUGCACGCCGCUGAUGGGCGCGGUGUGGAGGAGGCGGGGCAAAGCGGUGGGAAGGAGUGUGAGGAGAGUCCGGGAGUAGUGAGGCCGGGAGGGGAGGGGGUGGAGGGGGAGGAGAGGAAUGAGAGUGAAAGGGGCGGUGAAGGGAUGGUGCCACGCGACCUGCGUGGGGGAGCAGAGGGGAUGGAGGGCGGGGAGGAGCAGCGGAGUGAGGAGGGCAGUGAGGAUGGGAGUGAGGAGGGAAGUGACUUCUCAGAGGAUGAGGGAGGGGAGGAGGAGGGUGGAAGGCGAGGCAGAGGGGAAGCAGUGAGCAAGGAGGAGGUGAGGGCGGCACGCAAGGAGAACAAGAAGAAGGUGAAGGAGGAGAAGCGAGUAGCUCGACUCACCAAGGUGCCCAAAGCUGCCAAGAAGAAAAAGCAGAAGGCAGCUCAGAGCAAGAAGCGAUGA